AUGACAGCUUUGGAGGCUGAAAGAAAGAGAUGGCGAGAUGUCCUUACACGCCUCAUAAGCAUCACACAGUCUCUGGCUGAAAGAAACCUCGCAUUCAGAGGUUCAUCAGAUAAGCUCUUCCAACCAGAUAAUGGAAAUUUUCUAAAAGAGGUUGAAUUAUUAGCUAAAUUUGACCCUGUUUUGGAAAAUCAUGUCAGCAGAAUUAAAGAUGGGGAUACACAUGCUCAUUACCUUAGUAAGGACAUACAGAAUGAGCUGAUACAGCUUGUGAGUGACAGGAUUCUCACAACUAUUGUGACUCAAGUGAGAGACUCCAAAUACUUCUCCAUUAUCUUAGACUGUACACCUGACAUUAGUCACCAGGAGCAGAUGUCCAUUAUCCUCAGAAGCGUGGCUUUAAAGGGACAGCCAGAGAUAAAGGAGCACUUCCUCGGCUUUGUUAAUGUUGAGGCUACAACUGGCUUAAAUCUGUCUACAGUCAUCUUGGAUAAGCUGACUGAUCUGAAAAUUCCAUUUGACGAUUGCAGAGGGCAAGGAUGGAAUAUCUUGAAACAAUACGUGAACAUAACAGUGAAGUCAUGGAGUGACACAAGAUGGGAGAGCAGGCUCCAAAGUGUCCAUGCAGUCAGGUAUCAGGCCUCUGAGAUUCGAGAAGCCUUACUGGAAGCCAGACAGAAGAUUAAUGAUCCCGUGGCCAAAGUGGAGGCACAGUCACUUGCAGAGGAAGUUGGUUCUUACCGCUUCUUGAUUUGCUGUGUAGUGUGGUGUGAGAUACUGUCAAGAACAAAUACAGUGAACAAGCUCCUCCAAUCUGCUUCAAUGCAGCUUGACAUAGCUGUGCAGUUGAUCUCAAAUGCAAAAGCCUCUCUCACUCUCUACCGGGACACUGGAUUCUCAGAUGCCCAGACAACAGCCAGAAGCAUUUGUGAGGAAAUGAAUGUAGAAGCUGUUUUGAAGGACAAGAGGCUGAGAACCAGCAAGAGGCAUUUCAGCUACGAAGCACCUGAUGAGCCAGUGGCUGAUGCACUGCAGAAUCUUGAAGUCAACUUCUUCAACAUUGUGGUUGACUCUACAAUAGCAUCCAUUGAUGAACGAUUCGAAACUCUGAACCAGGUGAAGACUAAAUAUGGAGUAGUGCUGAACUUCAGCACUGCAUGUCAGAUGUCCAGUGACUCCUUGAAGGGCCAGUGUAUGCAACUCGAGAAAACUCUCACCUUCAACCAAGACUGUGACAUCAGUGGAGUGGAUCUGGCAAACGAAAUCAAGACUUUACCUGACCUACCAUCAGGUAAUAUGACUGCCUUGGAGCUGCUUUCUUUCCUUUGUGAGAAAAAUCUGGAGGAAAUCUAUCCUAACCUUUGGAUAGCCCUUAGAGUUGCUGUCACCCUGCCUGUGACAGUUGCCUCAGCUGAGAGGAGCUUCAGCAAGUUGAAGUUGAUAAAAAGCUAUCUGAGAUCUUCCAUGUCCCAGGAACGACUGAGUGGUUUGGCCAUCAUGAGCAUCAACCAUGAUGUGGGGAAGCAAAUAUCUUACGAUGACAUAAUUGAUGAUUUUGCAUCCAGGAAGUGCAGGAAGGGACACUUUUAA